AAUACAGGUGCAAAACAAUACGAAGCUACGUGGUAGGAGCUGUAUAUUCUUGGAUCGGACUCGAAAAACACAGUUAUAACAGGAACGGUUUGUUACGAUGACGAGAGCAGCACUAUCGUCUSUUCUUCUUUUUUGCAGCCUGGCCGCGAGAAAUGCGUGCUUUGGUGAAGCCAGGACAUCGGCCUCCCACACGAACAGCGGUCUCAGAGCCARGUCCGACAACCGCCAGAGAGGUAGCAAAGACGAAUACAGCAAUGAAAAMAAGCACCAGUCGGUGAUUCGGAGGCUUUAUGGACCCGAGAACGGGGAGGUCCGCAAGCACGUUCGAAUGAUUGAGGAGCGAUUAGAACGAUCACGAACAGGGUUCUUGGGUGAUCCCAAUCACGAGAUUCCGUACGAGAAUCAUCCGUACCAGAAGACCUACGAUCAACGGCGACGAGAACGAGAACGAGAACGAAUUUUACAGGACGAGACGGAAUUCGUUAAUACURUAGAACAAGGGGUAGUCAACACAAACACAGCGGGAAUCGGUGGGGAGGAUCUAUACAAACCUAUGCGGAUCCGCUUCGAAACACAGGCGUUGGACGACACCCGGRAUGCAGAAAAUGCUGCCAAGAUUGACUUUUUCAAGACCCGAAUCUUUCCUGAGUGAGUGCUAGACAAUCGAAAUAGUAUUGUUCCGUUCGGUACAAUGAAAUUCCCAGCUGAGACAGAGAAAUGUUGUGCUUCACACAAUAAACAGAAAAAYCGCUUCCGUAAUAGGAGACUACAGUGUGCUUUUCCUCACCGAUUCUCGCCAUUCUCACUCAAAACGCUUCUCAAUGCACAUCUCAAUGUGCCUUUUGUAUGUCCGUGUGCAUGCCAUGGUGUGUAUUUCUUCUWCGUCUUUGGCAUUGCUCUCGURUCAACUUCAUUGGGUUGUCUGCCCGYAUAUAUAUUUGUAUGAAACACGCAUGUGGUUUGAUUUAUGUUGAUUCAGAACUGCCGAGUAUUGGUCACAAGCUCUCAGCGUUGUCCCCGUUAGUGGCAACCUUAAAAUAUCAGCKGCAGAAUUGGAGAAUCGAGAAUUUUGYGGAGAUUCCGAGUUUACAAAAGUUCCCACGGAACACAUCUCCACUGGCCUUCCCGAUGUGGACUUGGUGUUGUAUGUGAGCGGGACACCAUCCUCUAGGUUUUGUCGUGGUACUACCCUCGCAGUAGCGGUAGCCUGCAAUUUCGAUCAGUUCGAUCGGCCGACAGCGGGUGCCAUCAACGUGUGCCUUGAUCGGAUCGACCUCGACGAGGACGGGACCGCCUCUGAUGCAAUUACCGAGGACAAUGUUGACGUCCUGAAACACGAAGUGGCCCACGUGCUGGGCCAUUCCUCCAACUCUUACAGGUUUUAUUGGGAUUCGGAAACUGGAACGGAGCGCACKCCUCGUCCCUUUGAAUCGAGAACGGUGACGUGCGUCGACGACGUGGAGCGAUCCCUCAUCUUGCCCGGAGAGGAUACCAUGCAAUUUUAUGAGGGGAAUAAUGGCCAGAGAUAUGCGGCCAUUGUCACUCCGAAGGUGCGCGCGAUGGCACGAAAUCAGUUUGACUGCCAAUCGCUACCUGGAGCAAAACUGGAAAACCAGCCCACCGGAUCGGAGUCGUGCACUGGUGAUCACUGGGACGAACACGACUACUACCCGGAGGCACUCAGCGGAGUCAUUAGUCCCACCACCAAUAUUAUGAGUCACAUGACGCUGGCCCUGUUCGAAGAUUCUGGCUGGUACCGUGCUAAUUACACCCAGGGCAGAAUGAAUCCCUGGGGGUUGGGGGCUGGAUGCGACUUCGUCGAAGAGCAGUGCGUUCUCGAAGAUACGGACGGAAGCCCCACCAUUCCCGAGUAUGCCAAGGGAUAUUUUUGCGACGAUGCUUCCAAGCGUGGUUGUUCUCCCGCGUUGACGCACAAACUGGCGUGUUCCGUCAUUGAUUACUUUUAUAUUCAGCCACAAACACUACCGGAAAAGCGAUUCCAGUACUUCAAGGACGAAAUCACUAUGGGAGGUCCCCGCCAGGCCGACUAUUGCCCUCUCUAUGGGAGUACCUAUGGAGGGYUGGAAGCYGAACAGCUGGCUUGUACCGACACUGCGAACGCGGAUUCGCUCAAUAUUUACAGCGAGGUGUACGGGAGCGACAGCCAGUGCAUUCCGACGGAUGGGGGAGAUGGACGAUGCUACCGAACGGCUUGUGUCAAGGACGAAAUGGUAUUAAGAAUCAAUGUAAGGGGAGAAUGGAAGGUCUGCGAGUACGACUUUCAGAAACUGGACGUUCGCGUGGGYGCCGGUACGUAAUGCRACGCAACAAAGAAACGACUUCCGA